GUGGUGUUGGUGUCUGUGGCACAGUAGUAGUUUUGCGGCAGAGGGAAGCUCUGGCUGAGGAAGACGAGGAAGGGUGCAUGCUGUUAGAUGAUGGGCCAUGCUUGAAAGCCUCGCAAGCUGGAAGCUGGGCCAUCUUCCCGCUCCACAAGGAGUGAAUGCGAGGAGUGUUCGUCGUUCGUACAUGCAGUAACUCGGUGAGUCCGAGGAACAGAGAGACUCGGAGAGAACAAGGAGAGCGAGAAACCGAGAAACUGAAGAACUCGAGGACCAAGAAGGAGAAAGAGGACGAGGAAAAGAAGGAGGAGAAGGAGGCCGACUACGAAGAGUUCGAGGAGGAGGACAAGAAGAACAAGACAAGGGAACUGUACAAGAAAAUGGGAAAGCAAGCAACUGCUAUACCACCACCACCAUCAUCACCACCACCACCACCCGUACCCAGCACUUCGGCCGUGCUUCAAUGCUGCUGCCUCAAAAAAUCAAGAGUUUUAUGGAGUUAGCUGAGGCGAGGCAGGAGUUAUUUUCAACAUUGGUUGAACAUCCCAACCCAAAUCCCAAGUGCACCAUCAUGGAUUGUGGGUGGUCGGGUCACCAAGGAUGACCGGAUCAUCCAGUGACAAACACAAACACUCAUAUCCUCUUUUUGAGAUUAUUCCAUACAUGCUGAUGCGUGAGAUUAUGACAACGACAUAAAGCUAUAAUAACUAUGAACGAGCAAUAACAAUGAGCCACCUGAAGAGCUUCCCAAGGGAAAAAAGGACAAGAACGACCACAACAGCAUGGAGGAUCAAGCACAAGGAGAACAAAAUCAAGAACGUUCUGUGAUCCCGGUCAACGAAUCCGAUGAAAAACCCGACGAUUCUCAUCUUGACAAUAGCAAAGUGAAUUUUAAUCCUCAUUGCAUUGAGAAUGGGAAAAAGGAGGAUGAGGAAAAUCAACACGAGACAGACGACAGUGUCAAUAUCAAGGAAGAAGCGGAUGACGACGACAACGCGAAUCAAACGCUCCAUAUCUGUGAGCCCGACCGUGAAGUUGACAAUAUGUCUGAACAUUUAUCGGGGAGUAAGGCCCUGGAUUCGACAACAGUGAAAGAUGAAGCCAGUGUCAAAGAUGUGUCUUCCUCCUCCUCCGUCAACGAACAACGAAACCGUGAACAAUGUGUUAGCAACCCUCCAAAGCCCGAUAUCCAAGAAUCUCAAGAUGGAGCUAGUCAGAAUAAAAGUGAACCGCCACUCAAAUCCAAGAAGAAAACCUCUCCCAAGAAACUUGACCCUUAUAGCUUCUCAUCGAUGGGAGAGGAAAAACCGUCAACCAAGAAAGUGUCGCCUAAGAAGCCCAAAGAGAAUAAUGGUGCGUCCAAAACCAAAACGAAACGGGAAAGGCCACCUAAAGCCAGUGAAGAUGCCCAAUCCAAGCCAGCUAAGAAAUCUAGUCCCAAGGCCAAUCGUCGUGGCAGUUCAUCCACGAAUAGCACCUCCAGUCUGAUCAGUUUCAAUGAUUCUCACGACUUGGCCACGGCCAAAGACCCUCUCCAUGACCAUCUAAUGAAGGAGGACUUCUCUGAAGAUGAAGACAAAGUGGAUCGGAAGAUCACCUCACCCGAAAGCGAAGAUGAUGAGAAUCGUCUGAUCAUUGCCGAGGACGAGUCCGAGCCCAAAAAGAAGUCCAAAUGCAAAGCAGAGCCAAAAGAUGGGGAAGCUCCCAAACCCAGACGCAAGCAUAACCGGUUCAACGGGAUGUCUGAAGAAGAAAUUGCCAAGCGACUUCUUCCAGACGUUCUAGCUCAAGACUUGGAUAUCCUGAUUAUUGGAAUCAAUCCCGGCAUGUACGCCGCCUACAAGGGACAUCACUACGCGGGUCCAGGCAAUCAUUUCUGGAAAUGCUUGUUUCUCUCGGGGCUGAUACCCCGACCUAUGACGGCCGAAGAUGAUGUGAAAUGCUUGGACCAUGGGAUUGGAUUCACCAAUAUAGUCGAGCGGACCACGCGGGGAAGUGCAAACUUGUCCAAGAAGGAAAUCAUUGAUGGUACGCAAGCCCUCAUUGAUAAGAUCAAGGAAUACAAGCCCAAGAUCGCCGUCUUCAACGGGAAGGGCAUCUAUGAGGUCUUCAGAGCCAACAAAGAAUUCCACUUAGGCAAACAACCCGAGCCCAUCGAUGGAACCAACACGUUUGUGUGGGUGAUGCCCAAUUCGAGUGCGAGGUGUGCCCAGCUUCCACGAGCCGUUGAUAAGGUGCCAUUUUAUUCGGCUUUGAAGAAAUUCCGCGAUUACCUGACCGGGGCCCUCUCCGAACUCAACGACGACGAGAUCGUAUUCAAGGACGUCAAGCUCAAGAACUUCAACGAAAGUACACAGAAGAAGCUCGAAAGAGCGGGGCUCCUUAACACGGCGGGAUCGUCCGACGAAGGCGGCGGCCAUUUGGCCAAGAUGAACUCUGAAUUCAAAGUGUUCUCCAGCGACUCCGGGGGUUCAAGUGACUUACCUAGCGCCCUGGACAUACGGAUUGAUCCGCAAACCGGGAAGAAACGAAGGGGUCGACCGCCCAAGCCCCGUCCUGAUGGGUCCCUCCCGCCUCCGAAGCGAAGAGCGGUGGAUUCAUCGGGCAAUCCGAUUCCUCGGGGUAGCAAUCCCAUCGAUCCUCUGACGGGAAAGAAAAAGCGAGGCCGACCCAAAAAGACUGACCUUCCUCCGGGCACGGUUUACACGGCGUCCAAGAAAUCCAAGAAGCGGGAUGUGUUGGAGGAUCAUGGCUUGGACAUUGGUGAGAAUUCCUCUGAUUCGAAAUUAACGGGCAGCGAUAGCCUCUCGCUCACGGGUGUGUCCACCAAUAGCCAUUCGACGAGCAGUCUCUUGGCUUCUACGCCAUUGUCCAUGGCUAAUAAACCGACCAAAAUCGUCCCCCCUCUGCCUCCAUUUUCGCCCAACUUCAGUUGCUCUGACCUGUCCGAGGUGGAUGAGAAACCCGUGGACUUGAAGAAGCCCUUCUUCGACCCGCAAGGCGCUCUGGACGGCAACAUCAUCAACGAUCGUUUGAACCAAGGGCCACAAUCCACGGGCUUGUGCGUCAGCAACAGUCAGGACUUUUCCCGCUCUUCGGAUCUGGACCCCGAGUCAGCCGCCCUUGCCAGUAAUCACCCUGCCACUCACCCCUCCCCGAAUUCGGAUCGAUAUCCGCCUUCAGGGGCUGGCAACUAUCACUAUCCCCCGUCAGAGUCGGCGGUCGGACCGGUCCAGUCCAACAAUCCCCACGCCGGUUCUUAUGCCCCUUACGAGGUCACACCUCCCCAUCAAAACAAUCACAGCGUGAGCUCCAACGGCUCCAACACCAAAUCCGACGAUGUCACCACGAAGAGCAUCACGGGCCUGGAAUCUCUGGUGGAACAGAUUCCGGCGAUUGCGGCUGAAAAUGACAGUGGUGUAUUCUCAGGAACAUCAGGGGCCGGAAGUCAUCCGAACACGCCCCGUUCUGUGGGUCCCUAAAGUCCGGCUCCCUACCCUUCCUCUUUCCACACGCCCCAGCCCACGAGCGGGGGUGUUGGCGUCGCCGCCUCUGUCGGAGGAGGAGGAGGAGGAGGAGGGGGAGGGGUGUCCGGUAGUUUUCCCAAUUACAAUGUGCCAAGUACCUCAGAUCUGGGUUCAGAAAGUACAAAUUAUUCUCAACUUCCCAGUGCCAUCGCCGCGAACUCCUCGUCGGCCUCGAGUGCUCCCACGGACUUCUCCGUGAACUCCUUAGUCUACAGCAAUAGCAACGCAACCUCCAGCAAUGCUGACCCUUUCUCGGUGUCCUCCCUUACCUCCACACCUUCUCAUCACCACCAUGCGCAAGCCGCAGCCGACAUGAUGAUGAGUAAAUACCACGGGCUUCCCACGGGUCCGAGCAACCCUUAUGCGGCCGCCGCCGGCAUGUUCCCUUCGUCAUCCUCGUUUGGCGCUCCUGCCGGAUUCUUGGGCGGAGCAGGCAACUCGUUCUCAGCGAACCCAAUGCAGGCGGCCAUGGGCCACAUGGGGAUGUCGUAUUACGGACAGUAUCCCAAUGCGUAUGGCGCUGCUCAUCAUGGCUUUGCAGCCUCGCCCUAUUCUCAUGGGCUGCACAUGCCGAACCCCAGUUAUCCUUAUCCCUCACCCUAUGGUCAGUCACCCUACUCUCAGUCCCCGUACUUUUAGAUAAGCCCACAAACCCUUUUUCCCAUUAAACGAGUGAUUCAAUAUUAGAUCCUA